UUGCUAACAAAACGUGGAAUUGUCCAGUGUGAAUAGAAGUCUUAACGUCAACAACGUUUGAGAGAUUAAUGAUACCAAGAACAACUCAAGAUUACCAAGAGAACAAAAUUAUACUGCCCAUGAAAAGUUUCCUUGGGAUGCGGUACACGAAAUCCGGCUCUACAUCUUUGGCUUGGUGAAUGUAUAUAGUAAAUGUCCCUCAGUGAUUUCCUAGAUAUACAACCAUCACCAAGCCAAACUUGUGUAAUUUCGGUGGUUGGGUGCCUGCAUUCAAAAUGGCGGUCCUCGAACAAUUUGAUUACAUCUUUGCUAUUGGCAUGAUUUUUGCUUUCCUCGAUGCUGGGAAUAUCGUUACGACAAUCUCCUCCUCACUUCCCCGCAUCCAUUGCUGAUAACCAAAAUAGGUGCAAACGAUGUUGCGAAUUCCUUCGCCACAUCCGUCUCUUUCAGAUCCUUGACCAUGAAGCAAGCUAUGAUGAUAGCUACCGUUAUGGAAUUUGGUGGCGCCGUUGGUGUUGGGUAUGUUGCACUCACUAUCUGGUUAUUGCUUCCACAUAUUCAGAAUUAACAAGUUUUUAGUGCUCGGGUGGCAGAUACUAUUCGUGGCAAAAUUCUUUCCACUCAGGCUUUUCAAGCAGAACCAUCUGUUUUGAUGCUGGGAAUGACAUGUGCCCUUGUGUCCUCCUCCCUAUAUCUAACACUGGCCACAAGAUUAGGUCUUCCUGUUUCCACCACGUAAGUAUUAUUUUAGUCCAGAUCAGAGAUGCACCCUGCUAAGAAAAUUUCUACAGCCACAGCAUAAUUUGGGGAGUGAUAGGAGUAGGAAUUGCGGCGAUAGACGCCGAUGGAGUAAACUGGGGUUGGAAUGGUGUAUCACAAGUAUUCGCCGCCUGGAUCAUCGCACCUGGAAUCGCGGGGUGUUUUGCAGCUAUCCUCUUCCUGAUCACAAAUUAUUCCGUCAUAACACCAAAGAAUCCUGUGCGAGCUGCACUCAUCAGUAUCCCAUUCUAUUUUGCGCUUACCACCGGUUUAUUAACCAGUAAGUUCACCCUUUAUACUUCGCUUAAGCCAAGCCUGCAGAUCAACAUCUUACUUAUGUGAUCAGGGCUUAUCGUCUGGAAAGGCGCGGCUUCCGCAUCAGAAGCUGUCAAAACCUGGGGUCCCGGUGAAUACGUUGGUGUUAUUUUCGGUGUUGCAAUAGGAUGCACUCUCUUAUCCGCCAUUUUUCUCCUACCCUCCCUCUACCGUAAACCAAUACUCAACGAUUGGCAACUCCAGUGGUGGCAUAUUCUCCAAGGUCCUUUGCUACUUCGACGCGGAGAGGUCCCUCCCAAUACCUCUGGACGAGAGAUCAUUUAAAUUAUUACAAGGGACACAAAACUCGUGCGGAGCUUGACGCUGAAGGAUUAGAUACCGUAAGAAUGGUGCCAAGUGGUUAUGUUGAAUCGAGAUCGAACGAUGACGCGAAUGAGAAACAUGGCAUUUCAACCAUCUCACCCGCAUUAUCAGACAUCGGUUCCUCAACAAGAAACGAGAUAACACCUACCCCCGUGCACACAAACGAAGACGACACACCCGCAAAACCCUGGUACGAUCCGCCCACCCUCCUCGCCACAGCCAAAAGUCUAUUCUUCCACGGCGUCACCGUCGACAUCGUCGCCGAACAAAAAAAAUCUUCCAUCCUAACCGGCGACCUAGAAGCCAUGCACGCCCGCGCAACCCACUACGACAAUAAAGCCGAACACACCUAUUCCUUCCUUCAAGUACUAACCGCAGCCACAGCCUCCUUCGCCCACGGCGCAAACGACGUAUCCAACGCCGUUGGCCCCCUCGCAGCCAUCUAUUUCAUCUGGCACACGGGUUCCAUCAACUCCAAAUCGCCCGUCCCGGUCUGGAUUGUCUGUUACGGAGCCGGUGCGCUCAUCAUCGGUCUGUGGACUUAUGGAUACAACAUUAUGCGAAAUUUGGGAAUAGACUCACGUUACAUUCACCUUCGCGAGGAUUUGGCAUGGAGCUUGGAUCGGCUAUUACGGUGAUUAUGGCGACGCGGCUUGCGUUGCCCGUUUCUACUACUCGGUGUAUUGUUGGGGCGACGGUUGGUGUUGGUAUUGUGAAUGGGGAUGUCAAGAGUAUUAAUUGGAGGAUGGUAGGGUGGAUUUAUAUGGGAUGGAUUAUCACGUUGCCCGUUACGGGGAUUAUUUCGGGGUGUUUGAUGGGGAUUAUUUCGAAUGCCCCGAGGUGGGGGAUGGGUGUCUGAG